AUGUUCGCCACGAUCUUGAGUAGUAUAGGCUUUGCUGUGGCAUUGUCCUACUUAAGUUUAAUAUCUCCAAGGCUACUUCAAGAAUGGAAGAUCUAUGCACACCGCAAAGAACUUCCACCAGGCCCUAAGACCAUCAAAUCCGGCAUUCGAAAACCAUGGAUAUGGUUCAGGGAGUUGAACAAAGAAUACGGAGAUGUGGUUUACCUUCAAAUGGGGCCGACGCCGACAAUCAUCCUUGGCUCCGCGCAGGCGGCAUGGGAUCUACUCGAGAAACGCGGCGCUAAGUACUCAUCCCGACCGCGCUUCAUCAUGGGCGGUGAGCUCUUAUCGGCAGGGAUGCGCGGCCUCAUGGCGCCGUACGGACCUUUCUGGAGACGUUGGCGGAAGCUGCUUCACGGCGGGUUUAUGCAACGCCAAAGCGAGACGUACCGACCGAUCCAAAGUCUGGAGUCAAAGGUCUUGAUGCGCGAUCUAGUCCAAAGUCCCCUGGAUUUCCGAAAACAUCUCCAGCGUUACGCAGCUUCAGUUAUUGUCACGGUCACUUACGGACGAAGAGUUGAAGAUGUAGAAAAUGAUAUCGUGGUGCGACGAAAUGACGAGUCGAUGGAUCGUUUGACUCAAGUCAACAUUCCCGGAAAGUACGCAGUAGAACGAUAUCCGGCUCUUAAAUACAUACCCAGCAUCUUCGCGCCAUGGAAGGCCCAAGUAAUCAAGCAGCGACAAAAGGACAUCCAACUCUACACACAACUCAUGGACGAGAUCAAGGAAAAGAAGGCCAGAGGCGAUUUGCCAACAUGCUUCGCCAAGCACCUCCUAGAGGAACAAGAGAAUUUAGGAAUGUCGGAUCUCGAGAUUGCCUACGCUGCAGGCUCUCCUUUUGGCGCCGGGGUGGAGACAUCAGCAGGUUCGCUAGCUAGUUUCUUCCUGACAUGCGUCAAAUUCGGGCCUCGGUUCAUCCCUAAGGCUCAAGAGGAACUUGAUAGAGUGGUAGGUAACGGGCGGCUUCCCACAUUCGAAGAUAUAGCCCGCAUGCCAUACGUAAAAGCCAUCGCUUCGGAGACGUUGCGCUGGAGACCAAUUGCUGUGUUGGGAGGAACACCGCAUGCGAGCACGGCGGAUGACGUGUAUAGGGGGAUGUUUAUUCCUAAAGGGAGUACCAUCAUCGCACCCCUGUGGAGUAUCCAUCUGAAUGAAUCAGAUUUCCCUGAACCAGAUGAGUUCCGACCGGAACGGUUUUUAGAAGACCGUGACUACCCCGGUCCGUUUGGUCAUAGUGCCUUUGGCUGGGGAAGGCGGAUAUGUCCCGGAAUGCACCUUGGCUCCGCGUCUGUGGAACUGAACAUCGCGCGAACACUUUGGGGCUUCAAUAUCAGGCCUGCGAAAGAUAUAGACGGAAAGGACGUUGAUGUCGACAUAUUUGCGUUCUCAGAUGGAUUCAACUCGAGCCCACUGCCAUUCCCAUGCUCCAUAACGCCGAGAUCUCCAACUCACGUGAAGGUAAUCGAGAAAGAAUAUCAGGAAGCCAUGGAGCCGUUGAGGAGGUAUACUGCAGUGACCAAUAAGGUGUCUUAA